UGUCCCACCGUUCAUGAAAUCGAUACUCGAAACUUGAAGGAAAAAACAAUCCGGCCGCCAGUCAACGAUCGGGACCGCUUCAGUUAAAACAUGGAUUUAAAAUGUCGAGUUGUUAUAUUCACCGCCGGACUGAUAGCCCUCAUGAGCGGAGUACACGCGAAGGACCCGCACUGGUGGAAGAACUCCGUCAUAUACCAAGUCUACCCGAAGUCCUUUCAAAGCACAACCGGUAACGGGACGGGAGACUUGAAAGGAGUGAUAGCGAGACUGCCGUACCUGAAAGACCUAGGAGUGGAUGCGGUAUGGCUCAACUCGUUCUACCCGUCCGAGUCGAAAGCCGACGGUGGAUAUGACGUCUCGGAUUACGAAGGCGUCGACCCGGACUUCGGCACCAUGAACGACUUCAAACUGCUGGUAGAAAAAUGCCACAAUCUCAGUAUGCGUAUAAUCCUUGAUUUCGUUCCGAACCACUCUAGCGUAGAGCAUGAAUGGUUCAAAAAAUCGGUCAAACGAGAGGAGCCGUACACGAAUUUCUAUGUAUGGCGUGACCCAGGUCCGACAGGGCUCUUCUCAAACGAAGCAAUGCCACCCAACAACUGGAUGUCGGUGAUAAACGGUUCCGCCUGGACUUACAACAAGGAACGAAACCAGUUUUACCUGCAUCAGUUUCUUCCGCAGCAGCCCGACCUCAACUACAGCAACCCCGAAGUUAUGGGGAAAAUGGAGGAUGUCCUCAGGUUUUGGCUCCAACGGGGCGUAGAUGGAUUCGUUGUUGACUCGGCAUUCGCUCUUUGGGAGGACCAGGCGUUUAGGGACGAACCGCCGAUUGCACCCGGAGUGCCGGUCACAGAUUACAGCUCCUUGAAGCACGUCUACACCGCGGACCAGGACAAAAAUUUCGACAUUUUAGCCGAUUUCAGGCGCAUCUUGGACGAAUACUAUAAAAAGGACGGAGUCGAAAGGCUGAUGAUCACGGAAAGCUACACGAAAGACGCAUUGACAUUGAAGAAAUACUACGGUACGAAAGACAAGCAGGUUGCUCAUUUCCCCUUCAAUUUUUUCCCCCUAAUGACCAUGAAGGCGGAUCACGUAGGCGUGCACUGGAAGAACAUGGUGGAAACCUGGUUUUAUUUGUUUCCGCUCGUGGAGUAUUGGCCCAACUGGGUUAUGGGUAACCACGACCACAACCGCCUCAGCAGCCGGUUUUCUCCUGAGCACACAGACAUAAUAAACAUCGCUCUAAUGAGCACGCCUGGGACUUUCGUCAACUACUACGGCGACGAGCUCGCCCUCGAAGACAGCUUCGUUAGACGGGACGAAGCCCAGGACCUGCAGGGCCUCCUCGCCCAACCGGACCAGUUCUAUAGAAAGACACGGGACCCGGAAAGAGGGCCGAUGCCUUGGAACAAAACGGAAAACGGCGGCUUUUCCUGUGGCAAACCCUGGAUCCCGAUGACAACCUUAACGGACGUCCAGGAACAGCAGGAGGCGGUCAAAUCGCAUCUCAAACUCUUCAAAUCGCUCGUCAAGAUGAGAAAGCUGAACACUUUCUCAAAAGGCGAAUUCGCAAUCGAUGUAUACAACGCGACCACCGUGGAAGUUCUAAUCAUCACAAGGUCUUUCAUCGACCACCCCACCGUACUGACGGUCGUCAACUUCGGCAGGUACCCGGUGUCGGUCGACCUGAGGAAGUACCGUCCAACACUUCCGAACAAACUGUACGUCUACGCUUCCAGCGCCAACUCGCCUAGUUAUCCGAGAGAAAUCCUUCCAGUCGACCCCCUGCUCCUGGUGCCCGUUUCAGGCAUAGUCCUGUCAACAUCCACACUCGACUGAUCCCUCAGCACAAGCACAAAUACAAUCAGACUUUACUAUUGUAGAGAGGUUGUUUUCAUCCUCUCCUUUUUUAAUCAAGAAUCUACUUACUUAUUUAAAAGUAAAAUAACAUAGUGUAUGUAACAAAACAGUUUUCUGGACAGAGCAUCACAGCGGAAGGCCACUUAAAACAAAAGUUUUCGAUUUUGUUAAUUUACAAAACUUUUUUUAGUAAUCAAUGUCUCUAAAGAAUAAAACCAGAUGUUGUCCCGAAAAA